CGCUGUAUGUGGCAACGCGGGAAAGGCUGCUGUGUUGUCUCCUGUGUGUUUUGCACUUGGACACUAACAACCCGCCAAACGGAGUUGAGUUCCUUCGCUUAAACUCCUUAUCCAGCGAGUUAGCCGGUUCAUUUGACCCCGGGUGACUGUUUUAACGCUCGGUGUAACUCUUUCCUUCGGUGGCAUUGUAUAUGUUUGCGGAACACGCGGGCGAAUUUGAACUAGUAGUAGCAUUUGGCUGAAUGAAUGUCCGCGUUGGUUGUUAGCGUGGACACACACACACAAAACAACUCUAGGCAACUUGGAGCCGUGACAUCCCUGCCGAAAACUGUCCGAACCCUGGCCCAUGGAUUCCUUUCAGAAAGUCGAAAAGAUAGGAGAGGGCACAUAUGGGGUGGUGUACAAAGCCAAGAACAAGAACACGGGUGAAACGGUGGCGCUCAAGAAGAUAAGGUUGGACACGGAAACUGAGGGUGUUCCAAGCACUGCCAUCCGGGAAAUUUCCCUCCUCAAAGAGCUCAGUCACCCGAAUAUUGUCAAGUUGCACGAUGUCAUCCAUACGGAGAACAAGCUUUACCUUGUCUUUGAGUUCCUCAACCAGGAUCUCAAGAAGUUUAUGGAUUCUUCCACAGUGACUGGUAUCCCGCUCGCUCUGAUUAAGAGUUAUCUCUUCCAGCUGCUGCAAGGCUUGGCAUUCUGCCAUUCCCACAGGGUUCUCCAUCGCGACCUUAAGCCUCAGAACCUUCUCAUCAACGCUCAGGGUGAAAUCAAGCUGGCUGACUUUGGCCUGGCGAGAGCAUUCGGGGUGCCUGUGCGUACGUACACACAUGAGGUGGUAACCUUGUGGUACAGAGCACCUGAGAUCCUGCUGGGCUGCAAGUUUUACUCCACCGCUGUCGACAUCUGGAGUCUGGGCUGCAUCUUCGCGGAAAUGGUCACACGGAGGGCACUCUUCCCCGGCGACUCUGAGAUCGACCAGCUCUUCCGCAUCUUUCGCACCCUCGGCACCCCUGAUGAGGCCACGUGGCCGGGAGUCACUUCCAUGCCCGACUACAAACCGUCGUUCCCCAACUGGGCCCGCCAGGAUCUAUCCAAAGUGUUUCCUCUCCUGGAUGAGGAUGGAAGAGAUCUUCUCCGGGAAAUGCUAUGCUACGAUCCAAACAAAAGGCUAUCGGCCAAGAACGCACUUGUCCAUCGCUUCUUCCGUGACGUCACCAUGCCGCUUCCUCAUCUGAGACUCUGAGUGAUGCAAAACCGUUCCCUACAAGUAGAUUCAUUUGAUGACAAUGAACGAUAAGUGACCUCACUUCAUGGUAGGUUCAGAAGGAAAGAAAAGUAUGAGUACCUUUUGAAGGUUAUUUGAUACUUUAAAAAGAACCGGUUAUGGAUGUUCUUGUCUGUUCUUUAGUCCUAAUGUUGUUCUGUUAAGUAUCUGUAGAUGCCAUUGUUCAGAUAAAUAUUGUCAUCCUUCAAUGUAUGUCGGUCCUCGAUAGACAUAUUGUAGUUCUGUGCCCAAACACCUGUUUGUUUUAUUUUCGUGUUUUGGCCUUUUGUGUCCAAAUUUUAGAGUUUAGAAAUUGACGGCACAAGGUUCGGGAUAGUGCAAAUACCAGCUUUAAUUGGUCACUCAGUUUUCCCGCCAUAAGAACUCACCAGAAGUGAAAAUCUCUUUUAUUUCUGAUGUUUGUACAUAUGCUGGUGAUGUUGCAAGGCUUGCCUUAUUUUCAGAUUUUCCAGUCUGGUGGGCGCUCAUAUCUUUCAUACACUAAAUUUUACCUGCCCUUUAUGAACCCCGGUUUUAUGGCUACUGCGAUGUUGACAUUUGAGAAAAAAAUAAACAUGUUUAUAUAACAGUUGGA